AUGAAGCUUGCAUCCCCUUCGUUCAACUUCAACUCUGGCAGACUUCCGGUGGUUUGCAGCAAAGUGUACGAAGCCAACGAGCAGUGGUGGAUCAAGUACCAAAGUCCAGGAUGGAUCGCAAAUUGGCAGACAUCAAAGAAUAAAAACCGUCUUCUGGCUUUGGACUAG